GGAAAACCUUUUGCAGAUGGUGUCGUGCUGGAUUGUUUCCAUGGUUCCCGGCUCCUGUAGUUUGAGCUGGCUGUAGGAUUGUUGCAGAAGGAUGAGCUCAUGUGAUCGCCAGUGCUGGUGCGUUGGGGUAUUUUGACCAACAGGGCAACUCAGUACACAAGUCACUGCAGCUUCUCUUGCUUCCAGCAAACGGCCCAGCAGAAAAGGCACACUUGCCGUGCGCAAAUGAGAUCGCCCCGCGGAGCUGGCCCCAUUGUUUCUUCUUGUCAAUGCCCCCUCUCCGGCAGUGGCUUUCCAGCCCACUUUUGCUUUUGGUCUUGUCACUGAGAAGGUGAGCAGGUCGUCACUGCCAAGGACUUCAAUCUCGCUGCUUGCUUGCGACCUUCAGAUGGUGACCGACCCAAAAGGUUCCUAGAGCUGGACUCUUGCGUUGAUGACUGCAUGCAGGCAGUCCAGGACAAUCUGCCACUGGUCACAAAGAGUACGAAGCCGCGAGUGCCUCCUGCCAUGCUCUCCCGCUGCAUGCGCGGCGGCAAGACAACAAUGCUUUGCAAGGUCUUUGACAGGCUGAAGAAGGAGGAGAAACUCCCCAUUUUCAUCAGCUUCAACGGGGAUUCGCUCGUCUACAAGCUCGAUGGCGAAAAGGUACUGGACACUAUGCUGAGGGCCAUUGCUGUGAGUCUAAUGAAGAACAAGCCCGCAGACAAGAAAGAUGCAGAGCGGGUGCGCUGCAGCGAGAAAGCCUUGAAGGCAUAUCUGGCGGACAAGCAGGACGUCGUCCUCGUCGUGGAUGAGCUGAACGUCUUGCUCAAAGCCAAUCCAACCGAUGGCCACCAAGAUGUGGGGAGAUUCCUGCGAGAGAUGUUCCUUGACCCUGCAGGACGACACCUCGUGUUCAGCGCCCACAUCCCCACCAGCGCUGGCCUCGAUCAAGUCUUGGGCCUUGGGCAAGGGCGCAGGAAGCUCUCGUACCGCGAUCCCCAUAAAAAUGCCCAGGUGCGCUGAGGUGCAGAGGCUGAGAGGCAUGCACCCGGCCUUGACGCCGUUGGAGGCCGUCUAUUUCGGCUACAUCCCGUCCCUGAUCUACUCGGUCAAGACGGGGGACUUGGACCUGAAGGAGCGGUUCCGGGAGAUCCUACCUGCUGCAGAGUCGGAGCUCCCAAUCCUGGCAAAGUCUUUCCUGUCAGAGUCUUUCCUGUCAGAGUUCUUCACUGGCGAGCGGGGUCCAGACCACGAUCCAGUGCGAGCCUUCGAUGCCCUCACUGAAUCCACCAAAAAGGGGCAGAUCCGGUGGAUUCUUGCCUAUGUGGGACAGAUGUGCUGCCACCUGGGUUGGAAACAGGUUGGUGCAUGGAUCGAGGAGCUCCCGAGCUGGUCGGGAAAGGUUGAGAGCGGCCAAGACUGGGAGACCGUGUUGCUGGUCGCUCCGUGCCUUCGAUGCUAUGAGGCCAAGUACAGCGAGCCCCACGAGCUGCUGGGACUGGCAAAAGGGGCUCUACGGCCCGCUGCGGUGUAUGUGGAGAAGGUGCCGCAGGAAAAUUCUACCAACCAAGAAGUCAUACUGGCCUGGUGGAAGGGGCAGCCGAUCGACACAUACCCCUACAUAGCGGUGCUGUCGCCCACUUUUUCUAAAACGGAAAUCGUGGACGCCAUGUGGGUGUAUCAAAAGGAUGCAACGGCCAGUUGCCUGGUGAGGGGCAUGCAAGCCAAACUAGGCAGCGCCUACCCGAAGCAGGAUAUGCCCCUUGGCAUGCUGGGGUUGCUGUUCCGUGGCCAGGCACCGGACACCACCCGUAACUUGGAAAGGCAGCGGUGGAAGUAUCUAACUGCGAGCGAGAUUCAGAGUUUUCUGGGCAAAUCUUUGACGGCUGCUUGUCCCGCUCACUGGCCCAACGUGAAACCAUGAGCCCUGACAGCGUUGUGUCUUCCUUGUCUCAGAGCUUUUUGGUACAGCGUAUUCAGUUUCGUGGCAAAGCAGAUUGAAGCCAGAGAUGUAAUCACAGACA